UGGGGGAAGCACGCGACGAAAAGAUGAUGCCGGGGUCUCUUCUAACACCAGAAGGGCCCUGAUGAUGGCUGCGCGCAGCUUUCGGAGCCGGAUGCGCGAGGGCCCCGGAGGCCCGGCGGCCUGGCCGCCGGGCGGGCCCAGUUUGGGGACAAGGACGGGGCUGGCCAGGGAGGGGCUGGGCCUGGCGGGAAGGCAGCGCUGCCCCGGACUCGGCCCGCGCGGCCCUCCCAGGCCCCCGUGCCCUGGAUCCAGGCCCGUGCGUCCCGUCAGUCCCAGGCGCUGGGAGGCGUCAUCAGGAAAUCAUUGGGUUUACAUUAAUCGGAAUACUUGUUAAACGUUUACCCCUCACUUGCUGCCGGCUGCUUAGUGCAUUAGCUUAGAAAGCAGCAGAAAUUCUGCAGUUAAGAGCCCUGAUUUGUCCCGAGUUUGGAAAACCGGCCCCACCGCCUGCAGGGGCCCACCCACGUGGCUCUCACUGAUGGAGAAGAAGGGGAGACCUUUAAUGGCACUGGAAUCUUAGGGUUUGGUUUUUUUUUGUUUUGUUUUUUGUUUUUGUGUUUUCACUUGCAGGAAAACUUAAAAUCAAGUUCAGGCAGCCCCAUGCCAUCAUUAAUAUUACCAAGGUAGUUUAUGCCCAUCUGUAAAGACCAAAAGAAUAUUAAUAAUGACCUUCUGGCCGGGCGCGGUGGUUCACACCUGUAAUCCCAGCACUUUGGGAGGCCAAGGCGGGAGGAUCACUUGAGUUCAGGAGUUCGAGACCAGGCUGGUUAACAUGGUGAAACCCCAUCUCUACAUAAAAGACAAAAAUUAGCCAGGCAUGGUGGCGAGCGCCUGUAAUCCCAGCUACUCGGGAGGCUAAGGCUGGAGGAUUGCUUGAGCCCGGGAGGUGCAGGCUGCAGUGAGCUGAGAUUGUGUCAUUGCACUGCAGCCUGGGUGACAGAGUGAGACUGUUUCAAAAAAGAAUAAUAACGACUUUCUAAAAACAUCAGAGUAAUACAUGAACAGGAUUUAACAAUCAAAUGGCAAAGAAGGGUUUAUAUGAAAAGGAAUUUUCCUGCUUUAUCUUUUCCCAUUCCCAGCCUCUUUCCCUGAGGUGACUAUACUUAACCAUAAUAAUAAUAACCUCUUAAUGCCCCCAAUCUCUCUUUGAUACAAUUUGAUUCUUAAAAUUUCUUCCUAUUGCUUCACCUUAUUACAAUGUCUUAGCAAUUCAUUAUAAGUAUUUUUCUAAAAGUCAUGGUUAUUGUGUAAUGUAUAAAUGUUAUGAAACUAGCUUGGACAUUUUUGUCAUGAAUAAUUUCUAGCUAAUGUUCCUUAGCUGUAUUUAAUUUAGGCAUCUGUUUUUGGUGAAGUGGUUAGAAUUUCAAAUACUGUGUUUACUGGUCAACUUCAAGUGUAAUUAUGAUUUCACUUUAGGACAUGUGGGAUUUAGAAAGGAGCAUUGAAAAUUAUGAAAUUAUGAUUUUUUUUUGGAUGUUAAUCCAUUGCACCAAGCAUGAGCUGUGCCUAGAGAUCAGUGGUAUAACUUUGUUUUGCUUUGUUUCACAAUUUGGUUUAAUAAGAGUGAUUUCAUUUACCUCAAGUGCUAUUUCUUCAUAGUGCUGUGUAAUGCUAAAGCUUUGAUUAUGUGCGUGUGUGGUUUUUUUCUCCAAUAGGCAAUUAUUUCCAGUCAGAGAAGGAAACCAGUGCCUGGCAUUAUCACCAUCUUUCUACCUACCAUGAUCAAGUGCUUGUCAGUUGAAGUACAAGCCAAAUUGCGUUCUGGUUUGGCCAUAAGCUCCUUGGGCCAAUGUGUUGAGGAACUUGCCCUCAACAGUAUUGAUGCUGAAGCAAAAUGUGUGGCUGUCAGGGUGAAUAUGGAAACCUUCCAAGUUCAAGUGAUAGACAAUGGAUUUGGGAUGGGGAGUGAUGAUGUAGAGAAAGUGGGAAAUCGUUAUUUCACCAGUAAAUGCCACUCGGUACAGGACUUGGAGAAUCCAAGGUUUUAUGGUUUCCGAGGAGAGGCCUUGGCCAAUAUUGCUGACAUGGCCAGUGCUGUGGAAAUUUCGUCCAAGAAAAACAGGACAAUGAAAACUUUUGUGAAACUGUUUCAGAGUGGAAAAGCCCUGAAAGCUUGUGAAGCUGAUGUGACUAGAGCAAGCGCUGGGACUACUGUAACAGUGUAUAACCUAUUUUACCAGCUUCCUGUAAGGAGGAAAUGCAUGGACCCUAGACUGGAGUUUGAGAAGGUUAGGCAGAGGAUAGAAGCUGUCUCACUCAUGCACCCUUCCAUUUCUUUCUCUUUGAGAAAUGAUGUUUCUGGUUCCAUGGUUCUUCAGCUCCCUAAAACCAAAGACGUAUGUUCCCGAUUUUGUCAAAUUUAUGGAUUGGGAAAGUCCCAAAAGCUAAGAGAAAUAAGUUUUAAAUAUAAAGAGUUUGAGCUUAGUGGCUAUAUCAGCUCUGAAGCACAUUAUAACAAGAAUAUGCAGUUUUUGUUUGUGAACAAAAGACUAGUUUUAAGGACAAAGCUACAUAAACUCAUUGAUUUUUUAUUAAGGAAAGAAAGUAUUAUAUGCAAGCCAAAGAAUGGUCCCACCAGUAGGCAGAUGAAUUCAAGUCUUCGGCACCGGUCUACCCCAGAACUCUAUGGCAUAUAUGUAAUUAAUGUGCAGUGCCAAUUCUGUGAGUAUGAUGUGUGCAUGGAGCCAGCCAAAACUCUGAUUGAAUUUCAGAACUGGGACACUCUCUUGUUUUGCAUUCAGGAAGGAGUGAAAAUGUUUUUAAAGCAAGAAAAAUUAUUUGUGGAAUUAUCAGGUGAGGAUAUUAAGGAAUUUAGUGAAGAUAAUGGUUUUAGUUUAUUUGAUGCUACUCUUCAGAAGCAUGUGACUUCCGAUGAGAGGAGCAAUUUCCAGGAAGCAUGUAAUAAUAUUUUAGAUUCCUAUGAGAUGUUUAAUUUGCAGUCAAAAGCUGUGAAAAGAAAAACUACUGCAGAAAACAUAAACACACAGAAUUCUAGGGAUUCAGAAGCUAUCAGAAAAAAUACAAAUGAUGCAUUUUUGUACAUUUAUGAAUCAGGUGGUCCAGGCCAUAGCAAAAUGACAGAGCCAUCUUUACAAAACAAAGACAGCUCUUGCUCAGAAUCAAAGAUGUUAGAACAAGAGACAAUUGUAGCAUCAGAAGCUGGAGAAAAUGAGAAACAUAAAAAAUCUUGCCUGGAACAUAGCUCUUUAGAAAAUCCGUGUAGAACCAGUUUAGAAAUGUUUUUAAGCCCUUUUCAGACACCAUGUCACUUUGAGGACAGUGGGGAGGAUCUAGAAAUAUGGAAAGAAAGUACUACUGUUAAUGGCAUGGCUGCCAACAUCUUGAAAAAUAAUAGAAUUCAGAAUCAACCAAAGAGAUUUAAAGAUGCUACUGAAGUGGGAUGCCAGCCUCUGCCUUUUGCAACAACAUUAUUGGGAGUACAUAGUGCUCAGACAGAGAAAGAGAAAAAAAAAGAAUCUAGCAAUUGUGGAAGAAGAGAUGCUUUUAGUUAUGGGCGAGUUAAAUUAUGUUCCACUGGCUUUAUAACUCAUGUAGUACAAAAUGAAAAAACUAAAUCAACUGAAACAGAACAUUCAUUUCAAAAUUAUGUUAGACCUGGUCCCACACGUGCCCAAGAAACAUUUGGAAAUAGAACACGUCAUUCAGUUGAAACUCCAGACAUCAAAGAUUUAGCCAGCACUUUAAGUAAAGAAUCUGGUCAAUUGCCCAACAAAAAAAAUUGCAGAACGAAUAUAAGUUAUGGGCUAGAGAAUGAACCUACAGCAACUUAUACAAUGUUUUCUGCUUUUCAGGAAGGUAGCAAAAAAUCACAAACGGAUUGCAUAUUAUCUGAUACAUCCCCCUCUUUCCCCUGGUAUAGACACGUUUCCAAUGAUAGUAGGAAAACAGAUAAAUUAAUUGGUUUCUCCAAACCAAUCGUCCGUAAGAAGCUAAGCUUGAGUUCACAGCUAGGAUCUUUAGAGAAGUUUAAGAGGCAAUAUGGGAAGGUUGAAAAUCCUCUGGAUACAGAAGUAGAGGAAAGUAAUGGAGUCACUACCAAUCUCAGUCUUCAAGUUGAACCUGACAUUCUGCUGAAGGACAAGAACCGCUUAGACAACUCUGAUGUUUGUAAAAUCACUACUAUGGAGCAUACUGAUUCAGAUAGUAGUUGUCAACCAGCAAGCCACAUCCUUGACUCAGAGAAGUUUCCAUUCUCCAAGGAUGAAGAUUGUUUAGAACAACAGAUGCCUAGUUUGAGAGAAAGCCCUAUGACCCUGAAGGAGUUAUCUCUCUUUAAUAGAAAACCUUUGGACCUUGAGAAGUCAUCUGAAUCACUAGCCUCUAAAUUAUCCAGACUGAAGGGUUCCGAAAGAGAAACUCAAACAAUGGGGAUGAUGAGUCAUUUUAAUGAACUUCCAAAUUCAGAUUCCAGUAGGAAAGACAGCAAGUUGUGCAGUGUGUUAACACAAGAUUUUUGUAUGUUAUUUAAAAACAAGCAUGAAAGAACAGAGAAUGGUGUCAUCCCAACAUCAGAUUCUGCCACACAGGAUAAUUCCUUUAAUAAAAAUAGUAAAACACAUUCUAACAGCAAUACAACAGAGAACUGUGUGAUAUCAGAAACUCCUUUGGUAUUGCCCUAUAAUAAUUCUAAAGUUACCGGUAAAGAUUCAGAUGUUCUUAUCAGAGCGUCAGAACAACAGAUAGGAAGUCUUGACUCUCCCAGUGGAAUGUUAAUGAAUCCGGUAGAAGAUGCCACAGGUGACCAAAAUGGAAUUUGUUUUCAAAGUGAGGAAUCUAAAGCAAGAGCUUGUUCUGAAACUGAAGAGUCAAACACGUGUUGUUCAGAUUGGCAGCGGCAUUUCGAUGUAGCCCUGGGAAGAAUGGUUUAUGUCAACAAAAUGACUGGACUCAGCACAUUCAUUGCCCCAACUGAGGACAUUCAGGCUGCUUGUACUAAAGACCUGACAACUGUGGCUGUGGAUGUUGUACUUGAGAAUGAUACUGUGGAUGAUACUGUUAGUAGCGAAUCGCUUCAGUCUUUGUUCUCAGAAUGGGACAAUCCAGUAUUUGCCCGUUAUCCAGAGGUUGCUGUUGAUGUAAGCAGUGGCCAGGCUGAGAGCUUAGCAGUUAAAAUUCACAACAUCUUGUAUCCCUAUCGUUUCACCAAAGGAAUGAUUCAUUCAAUGCAGGUUCUCCAGCAAGUAGAUAACAAGUUUAUUGCCUGUUUGAUGAGCACUAAGACUGAAGAGAAUGGCGAGGCAGGUGGGAACCUGCUCGUGCUGGUGGAUCAGCACGCUGCCCAUGAGCGUAUACGUCUGGAGCAGCUUAUCAUUGAUUCCUACGAGAAGCAACAGGCACAAGGCUCUGGUCGGAAAAAAUUACUGUCUUCUACUCUAAUUCCUCCACUAGAGAUAACAGUGACAGAGGAACAAAGGAGACUCUUAUGGUGUUACCACAAAAAUCUGGAAGAUCUGGGCCUUGAAUUUGUAUUUCCAGACACUAGUGAUUCUCUGGUCCUUGUGGGAAAAGUACCACUAUGUUUUGUGGAAAGAGAAGCCAAUGAACUUCGGAGAGGAAGAUCUACUGUGACCAAGAGUAUUGUGGAGGAAUUUAUCCGAGAACAACUGGAGCUACUCCAGACCACCGGAGGCAUCCAAGGGACAUUGCCACUGACUGUCCAGAAGGUGUUGGCAUCCCAAGCCUGUCAUGGGGCCAUUAAGUUUAAUGAUGGCCUGAGCUUACAGGAAAGUUGCCGCCUUAUUGAAGCUCUGUCCUCAUGCCAGCUGCCAUUCCAGUGUGCUCACGGGAGACCUUCUAUGCUGCCGUUAGCUGACAUAGACCACUUGGAGCAGGAAAAACAGAUUAAACCCAAUCUCACUAAACUUCGCAAAAUGGCCCAGGCCUGGCGUCUCUUUGGAAAAGCGGAGUGUGAUACAAGGCAGAGCCUGCAGCAAUCCAUGCCUCCCUGUGAGCCACCAUGAGAACAGAAUCACUGGUCUAAAAGGAACAAAGGGAUGUUCACUGUAUGCCUCUGAGCAGAGAGCAGCAGCAGCAGGUACCAGCACGGCCCUGACUGAAUCAGCCCAGUGUCCCUGAGCAGCUUAGACAGCAGGGCUCUCUGUAUCAGUCUUUCUUGAGCAGAUGAUUCCUCUAGUUGAGUAGCCAGAUGAAAUUCAAGCCUAAAGACAAUUCAUUCAUUUGCAUCCAUGGGCACAGAAGGUUGCUAUAUAGUAUCUACCUUUUGCUACUUAUUUAAUGAUAAAAUUUAAUGACAGUUUGA